AUGCAUAGUGGACGGGGGAUCAAGCUCAUCGCGGGGACGAGUCACCCCGAGAUGGCAGAGCUCAUCGCACAACGACUGGGGAUCUCCCUCUCCCCAGUAAAAGUCUCCAACAACGGGAUCGGCGAGACCCAAGUCCAGCUACAAGAGUCCGUGCGAGAAGAAGACGUGUACAUCCUCGGCACCUCCGCUUCGGGCCAAGUCAACAUCGCCCUCAUGGAACUGUGCAUCAUGAUCCACGCGUGCAAGAUCGCCAGCGCGGGAAGGAUCACGGCUGUUAUCCCGCAUUUUCCGUAUGCGAGACAGGACAGGAAGGAGAAGAGCAGAGCGCCGAUCAGCGCUAAGCUUGUGGCGAACAUGUUGCAGACGAGCGGGUGUGAUCAUGUUAUUACGAUGGACUUGCAUGCAUCGCAGAUUCAGGGGUUCUUUGACGUGCCGGUGGAUAACUUGUAUGGCGAGCCAUCGAUGAUUCGCUUCAUCCGAGAUGCACUCGGACCGGACGAGAGUCCACAAAAAGACGUCGUGAUCGUUUCCCCCGACGCCGGGGGUACAAAACGCGCCGCCUCCAUCGCCGACAAGCUCAAUUCCGAUCUGGCGAUAUUCCACAAAGAGCGGAAGAAGGAAAAUCAGGUUUCGCGCAUGAUCCUCGUCGGAUCUGUAAGGGAUAAGAUCGCCAUCCUCGUUGACGAUAUGGCCGAUACGUGCGGGACGCUCGAGCUCGCCGCGCACCAUCUCAUCGAGGCUGGCGCACGCAGGGUGUGGGCAGUGGUGACACAUGGUGUCCUCUCCGGCCGAGCGGAACCGACGGUGCGGGUGAGUGCCCUCGAGAAGCUCGUUAUUACGAACACGCUCCCGGUGAGGGACAAGCUGGUUGCGCAGGAGAAACACGGUGCGUGGGGAGGGAAACUCGAGGUGAUAGACAUCACGGGCGUGCUGGCGGAGACGGUCCGCAGGAGCCAUUAUGGUGAGAGUGUGAGCAUGCUGUUUGACGAAGUGCCUUGGAGCAACCAGUGA